AACCCGGGAAAGUAUGAAAGCAUUGGGCCGUACCACUCUUUCAUGGCUGCUGAUGAACACCCGUCCUUGCACUGCAGCAGUUGACUAGCCUGCAGGUACUGCGAAACCCAGACAUCACCUCAGCAAGCCCAGAACAUGCGCAGUCCAUUUCAGAUCAGCCCAAAGAGCGCAGAAUCGAAACGAUCGACCACCAAACGAUCAUCACCACCAGCACAUAAAUAAAGAGGUGCCCGAUCGACUUCCUCCUUGCCCGUGGUCCGGGGCUCCAUCGAUCGGAGGAAAGCUAGCUGCAGCUAUCAUCAGCUCAGCUGCACCAGAUCCGCGGGGAUCGACGACCAAUCGAAGCCGAUGCCAUCUCUCAUCGACUACAGCCCGGCGGCGCUGCGGUCGCUGCUCCGGCCGUCGUCGUCCACCACCACCGAUGAGCGGCGGGCGAAGCUGUCGGGGGCCGGGGCCGGGGCCGGCGGCGGCGCCCUGGGGCUCUUCAAGAUGUUCAGGCUCCUGCCGGUGCUCACCACGGGGUGCAAGAUGGCGGCCAUGCUGGGGCGGCACAAGAGCGGCGGCCGGGCCCUCCUGGCGGACAACGCGCCGACGGUGACGCUGUUCGGGCACCGGCGCGGGCGGCUCAGCCUGGCCAUCCACGAGGACACGCGGUCCCCGCCGGCGUUCCUCAUCGAGCUGCCCAUGCUGGCCGCCGCGCUGCACCGGGAGAUGGCCACGGGCACCGUCCGGCUGGCGCUGGAGAGCGACACGGCGCGCGGCGUCGCCGCCGCCGCGCGGCGCCGGCGCCCGCUGCUGGAGGAGCACGUCUGGGCGGUCUACUGCAACGGGCGCAGCGCCGGGCACGCCAUCCGCCGCAGGGACCCGUCCGACGACGAGCGCCACGUCCUGCGCCUGCUCCGCGGCGUGUCCAUGGGCGCCGGGGUGCUCCCGCCGCCGCCCGACGGCAGGGCGGGCGGCCCCGACGGCGAGCUCACCUACAUGCGCGCCCGCGUGCAGCGCGUCGUCGGGUCCAGGGACUCGGAGGCGUUCUACAUGAUCAACCCCGACGACGGCGGCGAUGCCACCCACGGCGGCGAUAGCGCGCCGGAGCUAAGCAUCUUCUUUGUGAGGAACAAGUGAUCAGCAGAAUGGAUUCGCAUGCGCAGCAGUACGUAUCUAUACAUAUACUCUUGCUUCUUUGUGGGUGCAUGUACGUGUACAUAUACGUACCUGUGUGUGAAGACAGCUGUAUAUAAAUAUAUGCAAGCUACAUAUAUAAGUUAAUUAUUUUGCAAAUUGCAA